AUGUCAAUUAAUUUUAUGAAGUAUUUUGCUUUACUUUUAUUCAUAGUGUUAGCUUUAUUAACAUCUACAAAUCCGGAUAUUCCAUCACAAACAAAAACCAUCUCUAGCAUUACUUGUAGCUCGUGCAAAGUUGAUACUUCAGUUGAUACCAAAUUCCAAGAUUUUAUUGUUACACCAGCUACUUCAAAUUCAGAACCGGAUAGUAUUUUCCCCACUAUCACUCCAUCUACUUUUGAAAUUGGUUCUAAUAAAAUAAUAUCAUACAAGACUACCACUUUCUUUAGUGCAAUCACGAUAAUACGUCCAGGAUAUACAACAACUUUUUUAACAACUCAAUAUAUGAUAAUAGCUUCAACUGAAGUUUACAUUCCUCCAAGUACCGUGGUUGUCAGUAAAGAAGUUACUGCAACUAUUCCUUAUAAUGACAGUUAUAAUAAACCUUUAUCCGAAGAUCCAGGUACUACUGUAGAUUGA